AUGAGGCGGCCCACACGGAGCGCUUCUGCGCCCGCCGCGGAGGCGCCCGCGGGCGCGGAAGCGCCGCCACCCUCCGCACCCGGCCCCAAGCCGCGCUCUCGAGGAGUCCGGCGCGUCGCUGCGGAUAGCACACAGCCGAACGCCGGCACUGCCGCCACCACGGCCGCAACCGGCGACGAGGCCGCACCAACGCGCCGCAGGCCCUCGCUGGCGCCUGUGCCCGCGCGUGCGCCAGUUCCCCCGGCGCCUCAGGGCCGCCCUCUUCGCAGCGGCCGCAGCGCCGCGGCGGGCCUGGCUGCCGCGCCGGCUGCCGCCAAUGAAGGCGGCGGCAGCAGCAGCUGCGAAGAGGAGGGGGACGAAGAGGAGGGGUCUGACUCCGAGCAGGGCUCGGCAGAGGAGAAGGGGGCACAGCAGAAUGAGCGGCAGGGUGAUGACGAGGACGAUGACGCGCAUGAGGGGGCGGGGGACAGCGAGGAGGACCUGGAAGUCGAAGAGGCACCCGCGGCCCCGCGCCGCCGCGGCGCCGCCUC